UCUUCCUAUCUUUCCCUUCCAGGAGCAAAUUCAUCAGUUGUUGCUGACUUCAUGCCUACAUCAUCAUGGAACAUCUCAAGUGAAUUAGAUAAAGACUACUUCUUGACGCUGGACGAACCUAUGAAUAACAUCACCACCACCCUCGGCCAGACGGCAGAGCUGCACUGCAAAGUCUCUGGCAAUCCUCCUCCCACGGUCCGUUGGCUGAAGAACGACGCUCCGGUUGUCCAAGAGCCCCGGAGGAUCUCCUUCCGUGCCACAAGCUACGGGUCUCGGCUGCGAAUAAGGAACCUGGACACUACGGAUACGGGCUACUUCCAGUGUGUGGCCACUAACGGCAGAAAGACUGUCUCUACAACUGGUGUGCUCUUUGUGAAAUUCGGUCCCCCGCCAACAGCAAGUCCAGGAUCAUCGGACGAGUAUGAAGAGGACGGGUUCUGCCAGCCCUACCGGGGCAUCGCCUGCGCCCGAUUUAUUGGGAACCGAACCAUCUACAUGGAGUCCUUGCAUAUGCAAGGUGAAAUAGAAAAUCAGAUCACAGCUGCCUUCACCAUGAUUGGCACUUCCAGCCAUUUGUCAGAUAAGUGCUCCCAGUUUGCCAUCCCUUCGCUGUGCCAUUACGCCUUCCCCUACUGCGAUGAGACCUCCUCGGCUCCCAAACCCCGAGACUUGUGCCGCGACGAAUGCGAAAUCCUGGAGAACGUCCUGUGUCAGACGGAGUACAUCUUUGCGAGGUCUAAUCCCAUGAUUCUGAUGAGAUUAAAGCUGCCCAACUGCGAAGAUCUUCCCCAGCCAGACAGCCCCGAAGCUGUCAAUUGUAUCCGCAUCGGCAUCCCAAUGGCAGAUCCCAUCAAUAAAAACCACAAAUGCUACAACAGCACGGGAGUCGAUUACCGGGGGACGGUGAGCGUGACGCGGUCGGGGCGGCAGUGCCAGCCCUGGAACUCGCAGUACCCCCACACUCACACCUUCACUGCCAUCAGGUACCCCGAGCUCAACGGGGGUCACUCCUACUGCCGCAACCCCGGCAACCAGAAGGACGCCCCGUGGUGCUUCACCUUAGAUGAGAACUUCAAGUCUGAGCUUUGUGACGUCCCGGCAUGUGAUUACAAGGAUUCCAAGGAAAAGAACAAAAUGGAAAUCCUGUAUAUCCUGGUGCCAAGUGUUACCAUUCCCCUGGCCAUAGCCUUGCUCUUCUUCUUCAUCUGCAUCUGCCGCAACAAUCAGAAGUCUUCCUCCCCUCCUGUUCAAAGGCAGCCCAAGCACGUGAGAGGACAGAAUGUGGAGAUGUCCAUGCUCAACGCCUACAAACCAAAGAGUAAGGCUAAGGAAUUACCUCUGUCUGCUGUUCGUUUCAUGGAAGAACUGGGGGAAUGUGCUUUCGGCAAGAUCUACAAGGGACACCUCUACCUUCCGGGCAUGGACCACGCUCAGCUCGUCGCCAUCAAGACGCUAAAAGACUUUAACAACCCCCAGCAGUGGGCAGAGUUCCAGCAAGAAGCCUCCCUCAUGGCCGAGCUCCACCACCCCAACAUCGUUUGCCUCUUAGGUGUCGUGACCCAGGAGCAACCCAUCUGCAUGCUCUUCGAGUACAUGAACCAAGGAGACCUCCACGAGUUCCUCAUCAUGCGCUCGCCCCAUUCGGAUGUCGGGUGCAGCAGCGAUGAGGACGGGACUGUAAAAUCCAGCCUGGACCACGGGGAUUUCCUCCACAUCGCCGUCCAGAUCGCGGCGGGGAUGGAGUACUUGUCCAGUCAUUUUUUUGUCCACAAAGAUCUCGCCGCUCGCAACAUUUUAAUUGGAGAACAGCUUCAUGUGAAGAUCUCUGACCUUGGACUCUCGAGAGAAAUCUACUCGGCAGAUUAUUACAGAGUUCAGAACAAGUCUCUCUUGCCCAUCCGCUGGAUGCCACCGGAGGCCAUUAUGUACGGCAAGUUCUCUUCCGAUUCAGAUAUUUGGUCAUUUGGAGUUGUUUUAUGGGAAAUAUUCAGCUUCGGGCUUCAGCCGUAUUACGGAUUUAGCAAUCAAGAAGUCAUAGAGAUGAUCAGGAAAAGACAACUGCUGCCGUGCUCUGAAGACUGUCCUCCCAGGAUGUACAGCCUGAUGACAGAGUGUUGGCACGACCUGCCCUCCCGCCGGCCACGAUUUAAGGAAAUCCACGCCCGGCUGCGCUCCUGGGAGGGUCUCUCAAGUCACACCAGUUCUACCACCCCCUCCGGUGGGAAUGCCACCACUCAAACGACUUCCCUCAGCGCCAGUCCCGUUAGUAACCUCAGCAAUCCCAGGUACCCCAACUACAUGUUUCCGGCACAAGGUAUACCCCAAGGCCAAAUCGCCGGCUUCAUCGGGCCACCAAUACCUCAAAACCAGAGAUAUAUCCCCAUCAAUGGGUACCCGAUUCCACCGGGAUACGCUGCUUUCCCAGCUGCCCACUACCAACCGCAAGGUCCACCCAGGGUGAUCCAGCACUGUCCUCCACCAAAGAGUCGUUCUCCCAGCAGCGCCAGCGGAUCCACCAGCACGGGUCACGUCACCAGUUUGCCGUCUUCGGGAUCCAACCAGGAAGCCAAUAUUCCCUUGCUAUCCCACGUGUCGAUUCCUAAUCAUCCAGGGGGGAUUGGUAUCACAGUUUUUGGAAAUAAAACUCAAAAACCGUACAAAAUUGACUCAAAGCAGUCUUCCCUACUAGGCGACUCCAGCAUCCAUGGACAAAAUGAAUCUAUGAUUUCAGCUGAAUUGUAAAUAAGCGAGGCCUUUGUAAAUAUAACUAUUUACGAUACAAACUAGGAAAGUCGUAGCAAAGAUUUAUAUUCAAAUAUUUUAUUAAAGAUUCUCCUGGUUGCUUUAACAGACGUUGCAGCAAGUAUCUUCUGUGAAGUUUAACUGCUUAACAGGAUGGGCAGAACUCAACCAGACAAAGAUCAUUGUGGUAUGAACAACUCAGCUUUGUCAAUGGACGCGUUGUUUCUAAUUAAGUGCCACCGACAAUUCAAAAAAGUGGAAAAAGGGGAAGUGGGAUUUUUUUUUUUUUUUUUUUUCAAAGAAAAACAUUUUCUCGUAGGCUUUUUCACAGCUUUUUAAACCUCUGAUGUGGUUUAAAUCAUGGAAACUUUUUUUGUACUGAAAGCAUAUUUUAAUAUUUGUCUCUUUUUUUAGGAGAUGCAAAUAUUCGGAGAUCUACUGGUUGUGCAAUUUUGGAUCCAAUAGCUAGUUAAAAUAUUUGUAAAUUUUGCAGUCAAGGAUUAUGUUUCAAAUAUGUGAUCUGAGAGCUGAAUAAAUUACUUCAGGUAGGAUUUUGGUCUUUCGUUAAGUUGGGAGUCUGAGUUUAGACCAAAAAAAGUCAUUUAUUUGACAGCACAAUAGCUUGAGUUACCAACUCACAGUCUACAAACGUCAUCUGCUAUUGGCUGCUAAAGGUGGCUGGAGUUCUAAGAAAUUGCCUUAAAGGAAAUGAAAUUAAAGGGUUUUAAUUUCAGAACCUUGAAUCAACUUACUCAAAGAUAACAUUUCAUAAUCUAGUAGUUAAAGCAGAAAUUCUAUAUCCUUUUGUUGCUAUGCAACUGUUUAGUGGAAAGGCUCCAAACCACAAUUUUAUAUAUGACAAUCAAUUUUCCCAGGAAUAUUUAUUGUUUCAGAUCAAUGAGUAAUUUCAGUGACUAUGACUCCAGUAGCCCUGAAAAAAGGGAAAUUCACUUU